AUGAACUGGGCCUUGGUGAACUUCCCAAUGCGGGUCCCUGGCCUCGCCCUGACGCUCUGGCUCCCCCCAGGUGCAGCUGCCAGCGAUGCCCCGAGCUGCGACCCCCAGGCGGCGCCGAUCGUGGGGGGCUCGGCCCGGCUGCAGCGCCAGGGGCAGAUGCUGGUGUACCAGUGCCCCGAGGGGCAGUUCCCGUACCCCCGGCCCGUCCGGGAGUGUCGCUCCAACGGCCGCUGGAGCCCCCUGAACCCCCCCGCUGGCCGCCCCCUCGCCAAGGCCGAGUGCAGAGCCAUCCAGUGCCCGGGCCCGCUGGAGUUCGACAACGGGCACUUCCACCCCCGCCAGCCGCGCUACAACAUCAGCCAGACGCUGACCUUCGAGUGCUUCGAGGGGUACACGCUGCGCGGCCCCCAGAACCGCACCUGCCUGCCCAACGGGAAGUGGAGCCGGGGGACGGCCAUCUGCGACGACGGAGAGGGCCAGUGCCCGGACCCUGGCGUCCCCAUCGGGGCGACGAAGGACGGGCAGCACUACCGGGUGGAGGACCGGGUCCGGUACCGGUGCGGCCGGGGGCUCGUCAUGUUCGGGUCCAAAGAACGGACCUGCCAGGAGUCCGGCGCCUGGAGCGGGACCGAACCGGAGUGUCGAGACCCGUCCACCUACGACACCCCCCAGGAAGUGUCCUCCGCGUUCAUCGCCUCCCUCUCGGAGACCGUGGAGGUAGCUGAUCCGAACCGGACCACCUCGGAGAAUGUGAAGCGGAGGAUCCGGAUCGAGGCCGGCGGCUCCAUGAACAUUUACCUGGUGAUCGACGCCUCGGACAGCGUGGGGGAGGGGAACUUCUCCCGCGCCCGCGACGUCCUGGUCCAACUCAUCGAGAAGGCCGUGCUCAACAUGAUCAUCCAGCAGGAGCAGGACGAGAUUCGCAAGGGCCACAAGGUGGCGCCAGUCGCCAACUCCACCCGCCACGUCGUGGUCCUCAUGACGGACGGUGAGACCCCCUGUACCCCCAAACCGCUGUACCCCCAAACCCUGUACCCCUUUACCCCCAAACCCUGUUCCCCCAAACCCAACUCCACCCGCCACGUGGUGGUCCUCAUGACCGACGGUGAGACCCCCUGUACCCCCAAACUGCUGUACCCCCAAACUCUGUACCCCUGUACCCCCAAACCCAACUCCACCCGCCACAUGCUGGUCCUCAUGACCGACGGUUGA